UCCCGCCCCCAUCCCUCCACUCCGGCAGCAGCAGUAGCAGCAGCAUCGAGAGCGUCGUCCCUGGGAAGACACCCCGGCUUGGCCGCCGCUGCUCUUUCCUUCUGGGUCCGGCGCUGGGCACGGCGUCGGGUCCGGGCCGGUGCGGCUGCUGGGAGCCCCCGGGGGGCAUGGCGGAGGGCAGCCCCGGACUCCCCGCCUCGGGCUCGCCCCGGCCCGGGCCCCACGACGCCCCCCGCAAGCCCCCAGGAGGCGGAGAGCCCGAGGAAGAAGCCGAGGAAGCGGCCACGGCGUGCAGCAGCCGAGACCCUUCCUCCGAAAGGGAGGCCAGGAGCGCCCCCGCCGCCGGCAUCAUGAAGGAUGGGUCCCGCCAGCGUCCCCUUCAACAGAAGAAGAAGACUGUCUCCUUCAGUACUAUGCCCAGCAACCGCAAACUCAGCAGCACGGCUGCUUGCAUUUCCUUCAUGCUUGAGGGCUGUGAAAUGAAGAAGGUGCGUUCCAACUCUCGCAUGUACAGCCGAUUCUUUGUACUGGACACAGACUUGCGCUUCAUGCACUGGGAACCUUCUAAGAAGGACUCGGAAAAAGCCAAAAUAGAGAUCAAGUCAGUAAAGGAAGUACGAGUUGGGAAGAAAACACCUGUGCUGCGCUCCAAUGGUCUCUCAGAUCAGUUCCCAGAUGAAUGUGCCUUCUCCAUCAUCUAUGGAGACAACUAUGAGUCUUUGGAUCUGGUGGCCUGUUCAGUUGACGUGGUGAAUGCAUGGGUAAUGGGUCUGCGGUAUUUGGCCUCUUAUGGGAAACACACCCUGGAGGAGACCCCUGAGGCUGGACACCCCAAUCCCCGCACCUCCUGGAUCUCCUCUGUCUUUGAGAUUGCGGACCUACAAAAGGAAGGCCGGAUCCCAAUUUCCCGGGCUGUGCAGCUUAUCCAAGCACUCAACCCUGGCAUGAAAGUUUCAACAAUUGAACUGAAGUUCAAAGAACUGCAGAAAGCAGCCCUUGAGCGGGUUGGAGAAGAAGUGAACUGUGAGGUCUUUGUGGAAGCCUACUGUGAGUUGUGCACCAGGCCAGAGGUUUUCUUCCUCUUGGUCCAGUUUUCCAGCAACAAGGAGUACAUGGGCUUGAAGGAUUUAAUGAGCUUUUUAGAAGCAGAGCAGGGCAUGGAAGGAGUGACGGAGCAGAUGUGCAGGGAAAUCAUCACCAAAUACGAGCCGUCAAAAGAAGGACGGGAAAAGGGCUACUUGGCUGUUGAUGGCUUCACUCGCUACCUCCUCUCUGCAGACUGUGACAUAUUUGACCCACAGCACCGCAAAGUCUGUCAGGACAUGAGCCAGCCACUGUCCCAUUACUUCAUUAGCUCCGCACAUGGAGCAUGUCUGGCAGAGGACAGCUGUUUUUGGGGUGGUUCCACUUCAGACAUUGGGGGCUAUGUGGCAGCUCUCAAGGCUGGUUGCCGUAGCUUGGAACUAGUAGUGAGUGAUGGCCCAUCUGGAGAGCCAGUAGUUGGUGCCGGGACACGUCUGGCUUUCUCCAGGGUGGUGAGUGCUGUUGCUGAGCAUGCUUUCGAGAGCUCAGAAUUUCCUCUCAUCCUGUGUCUCUCUGUGCGCUGUUGUGUAGCCCAGCAGAGGCUUGUGGCUGAACACUUGAGGAAGACCCUUGGAGACAAACUGUACCUAACACCCCCCAACUCCAAUGAGGUCUAUCUUCCUUCUCCAGAAAAACUCAAGGGAUACAUUCUCAUCAAAAGCCGGAAGCUUCAUCCCAGGUGCCAGUUGAGUGAAGGGGAUGUCUCUGAUGAUGAGGAGACUAUGGAGCUGGGUUUGCCACUCAGUGAGGAGCACCAGGAUCAGCCCCGCUGCCGGCAGGUCUUAUGCCGUGAGCUCUCCGAUCUAGUGAGCUUGUGCCAGGCAGUGACUUUUCAGAGCUUUGAGGCCUCCCGGCGGGGCCAGUACUAUUGGGAAGUUUGCUCCUUUAGUGAAGUGGAGGCCGGUCGCUAUGCCAAUGAGGAGCCAGAGGAUUUUGUGGCCUAUAACAAGCGCUUCCUGUCACGAGUUUAUCCCAGCCCCAUGCGCAUUGAUGCCAGCAACAUGAACCCUCAGGACUUCUGGAAGUGUGGCUGCCAGAUGGUUGCCAUGAACUACCAAACACCAGGCCUCAUGAUGGACCUGAAUGCUGGCUGGUUCCACCAAAAUGGGGGUUGUGGCUAUGUGCUCAGACCAGCCAUUAUGCGUGAGGAAGUAUCCUAUUUCAGUGCAAACACUAAGGACACCUUACCUGGUAUCUCAGCCCAAUUGUUGCACCUCAAGAUCAUCAGUGGUCAAAAUCUUCCCAAACCAAAGGGCUCUGGGGCCAAAGGUGAUGUGGUGGAGCCAUAUGUUUGUGCUGAGAUGCAUGGUAUUCCUGCUGACUGUGCUGAAAAGCGCACCAAGACAGUGGUGCAAAGUGGUGACAAUCCGGUCUUUGAAGAGACCCUGGAAUUCCAGGUGAACCUCCCUGAACUGGCGAUCCUCCGGUUCAUGGUGCUAGAUGAUGAUUACAUUGGAGAUGAGUUCAUUGCACAGUAUACCAUCCCCUUUGAGUGCCUCCAGAUGGGCUACCGUCACGUUCCCCUUCAGUCCCUCGCUGGCGAGCCUCUUCCCAAUGCCACCUUGUUUGUCCAUGUGGCCAUCACCAACCGGCGGGGUGGAGGCAAAGCACACCGCCGGGGCCUCUCGGGACGCAAGGGGCGGCGCUUGCGAGAGUAUACAUCCACCAAGGCCAUGGGAAUCAAGGCCAUUGAUGAGGUGUUCCGCACUGCCACUCAGCCACUGCGAGAGGCCACAGACCUGCGGGAGAACAUGCAGAAUGCUCUGGUCUCCUUCAAAGAACUGUGCGGCUUAACACCAGCAGCCAACAUCAAGCAGUGCAUCCUAAAGUUGGCCACAUGGCUCCAGCCCAGCGAAAAAGAGAGCCCCCCGGCAGUCACCUUGAAUCUAGGAGAGGAGUACCCAUCCAUGGAAGCCCAAGGGCCUGUCCCAGAGCUCCUGAGGAAAGUGCUUGCUGCUUUUGACACUAUGAUCCAGACAAGCCGGACACUAAUUGAGUCAGCAGAUGCUGUUCAUGCCAAGAUUAUCCAGGUGCAACAAACAGGGAUGGGUUUUCACAAGGAGCUUCAUCGCUUGGAAACAAAGGAAGGCCUGAAAGGACGGAAGAUGCAGAAAGCUCUAGAGAGUUUUGCCUGGAAUAUCACCGUCCUCAAGGGCCAGGCUGACUUGCUCAAACACUCCAAGGCAGAAGCACUAGAUACGUUGUGGCAGAUACACAAUGCUGCACAGUCCUGUGGCAUUGGGCAGAAUGGAGCCGCCUCUCCUGACCUCUUUCGUGGCCGAACUGUUCUCGACCCCAUCCCAGAAACUGAAGGACCCAGCGAUGCAGGAUCUUGCUGACUUUGGAUGGCUAAAUGCAAGGGAAAAGAGAGGACCUGCGGUCAGAGUGGGUGCCAUAAAGAAACACUGACAUGUGGCGGAAUUGUUUAACAAGAGAGACAAAGGCACAUGAAGUGCAGUUUUCCUUCUGACCUGAAAAGCAAAUGGAAGAGUGACAUUAAGUUUCCAAGUAUUCAUGUGUGUUACAAGCACUUAGAUUUCCUUAUCACAAAAUGUAGAGGCUGCUCUACAUCUUUUGAAUGUGCAGAUUAUGGGAUGGUGGUAAGAGACAGAUUUUACCCUUUCGCUCAGGCAAAACCCAUGAAAGAAAAUACAUAUAGUGUAAUGGGACUUUUUCCUGUGUAUUUUGGUGAAACUGGAAAGAAGGCUGUCCAUAGCCAGAAAAGGCUGCCCAUCUAAUUUUUUGGGCCAACAAAUAGGUUUUACUUGGAAACCUUUAGAGAGUGUCAUAGAGGCUCAUAUUUGACCCACUCUGGCCUUCUGGUGUAAGGAAAUGUCCUUACCAGAGCUUCUGGAAUUCGUUCCUCUUAGCUAGAAUUGAGUUUGGCUACAAAGGCUGAAUCUGCUGGACAUAUCCUAGAAUUCUUGAUUCAAAUGGGCUUAUGUAGGUUGACCUGAAACAGGAGUAGGGUGUAGCUCUCCUCCAAAUAUUUUGGGCUACGGUUCCUGUAGUCUCUUACCUUUGGUGAGGCAGCAUAGAUCUAGUGGGAAUUAGGCUAAAACAUGAGGAGCCAAACACUUCCCACUCCUUUCAUGGCAUUUUGUACUUUAUGACAAUAACUGGGUGAGGAUGUCCUCUGGGGUUUUGGAUUUUCUUGGACUGAGUCCACAAACUGGCUCUCCUUCUCUCUGCCUUAAAACUCAAUUUACUAGAGUAUGGGGAAGACCAAGCUGGAUAUUACAGUUGCAUUACCCUCAGUAACUGAGUACAUUAUGAUGACCAAGCAAAGUAGAACAGUCCAUCUUGUAUUAGAUCAGUGGUUCUCAGCCUGGGGUCCCCAGAUGUUUUUGGCCUACAGCUCCCAGAAAUCCCAGCCAGUUUCCCAGCUGUUAGGAUUUCUGGAAGUUGAAGACCAAUAAGGUUGGUCCCCCCCCCACACACACACACUGUAUUAGAUGGAUCCGUCUUCCUCAGAGUUUGAAGCUGAAGAGAAAGGGGGCUUUAGCCUUUGUGUUGUGGUUCCCCAAUUUUGGGUUUCUAGAGGACAUUGAACUAUUACACCCACCACUGCCAACAUUGACCUUGCUGACUGUGGAUGAUGGGAUGGAAAUACAGUCUAGACCAGGCAUGGGCAAAUUUCGGUCCUCCAGAUAUUUUGGACUUCAACUCCCACAAUUCUUUACAGCUGGUAGGCUGUUAAAAUUGUGUGAGUUAAAGUCCAAAACACCUGGAUGGCCAAAGUUUGCCCAUGCCUGGUCUAGAAGUACCUGGGAAGCUAAAGUUGAGAAAAUGCAUUGCUAAAGGAAGAUGUCUCUGUGUUUCUUGUCCUCUCCUUGACUUGCCGCAGUGCUAUCAAGCUCCUGGUUAGAAUUGAAAUGCAAGGAGGAGAGGAGCACCAGCAAGUCAUAAAUAAUAAUAAUAACUUUAUUUAUACCCCGCCACCAUCUCCCUGCAGAGACUCGGGGCGGCUUACAACGAGAAUAUGACAACAUAGCAUACAAUACACACAAUCCAAUAAAACAAGGAAAUUUAAAAACAAUGCAAUACAAGAUAAAAACAACAUAUUAGUUACUUUAAAAACCGGAACAUCAAAUUUUUCUGCACAACAAAGGGUGACUAAUACAUCAUUCCACCAGGUCUGAGAAUAAAAUCAAAAUGAGUAAAGAAGGAACAAGACAACAAUUUCAUUUAAAGUGCUAUAGCAUAUAGAGUGAGGGGCAAGAUACAGUGUCAAUAAGGUUGUAAACAUAGAGUAGAUACCAAGUCAGAUGGGCUAUUUAUUCAAACGCACCCUGGAACAUCCAUGUCUUCAGUUGACGGCAAAAGAUGAGCAAUGAUGGAGCUAACCUGAUCUCCCUGGGGAGAGAGUUCCAAAGCCGGGGGGCCACCACCGAGAAGGCUCUCUCCCUCAUCCCCGCCAGCUGCACCUGGUUCUCAAAUGUUUCUGAAUGUGGUUAAAAUUCUUCAAAUCAUUAUGUUCUCUCAACUGGAAUUUUCAGUCUUCCCAGUUCAAGAAUGUUAUUGGGAAAAGGUUCUUUAAAAACAGAAGAAAGAAUAGUGGGAUGUGAAAUUUUGAAUCUAAAAAAGCUCUGAUGGUCUUUUUUUAUAGUCACAGAUAAUCAUGGGCACAACAAGCAUUGCAAUCCUAACCUGAAGAUGUAUCAGCAGUAAGGUGGUACGGUUUCUAUACAAAACCUUUCUGCCAGCUGUCUUCAUUAGCCGAAAUGGCCAUGCAAGCCAGCACCAGGCUAGCUGAAGCUGUACUUAAUAAAAAAAUCUGCCAAUCUUGGUAUUUCAAAAUUGCUUCAGACAUUCCUUGUUCUAGCUUAACUUUGUGCCAACACUGUAGUUAUAUCUGUGGGAUUGCUAAAAUUUGGUUCUGUCCAAAUUUGUUUCUCCCCAUGUCCAUCCAUUUCACCUAUUUUGGUGAGCAGAAUGGUUUUGCAAGUGGGUUGUUUUAUCAUCCAAUCUGAGAUCAAAUGGUAGAAGUAGGUUCUGCCAGCAAUUAUUUAUAAUUCUCACUAUUUACAGUCUAUCCAUCUUUGCCUUAGGAUUGCACUGUCUUACUUGUAUUUGCCCUCUCUCCUGUAUCAAUUUGAAGCAAGUUGAUACUACUGCAUCCUUGAAAUUUAUCCACAACCCCCAAAAGUGAGUCUUUCAAUGUUGUCUCCUCUCCCAUUUUUUUUAAAAAGGGGGGGGGAGCUGUUAUUUGAGGAUUCACAUAUCACAACUGUGCCAAGCUCUGAACUUACAAAAAAACUGUGUUUCAGGUCCUUACAUUAGCCCCCAUCUCACUUUCUUAUUGUGGGGAUGUACAACUUUUACCCCCUGCUAGUCUAGGAAGGCUUGCUCUGGAACUGAGAAGUUUGGAUUCUGUUGACAAUAAAACCUGAAUUUCUUUCA